AUGCAUAAUCCCCGGGGACUCCCCUCCAAGUCCCUGGGGAGUCCCUAAAAAUGUGUACUCCCCGGGGAGUCCCUAGGGAGUCACCCUCAUACUCCCCAGGGAGUCCCCAACAUAUACAAUCCCCGGGGAGUCCCUGCCAACUCCCCA